AUGACGUGGCUUUCGAUAGUUGUGAUCUGCUGGCCACUGGUCAUUGGUAUCUCAGGCCACGACGUUGUAUUGGAUUUCAUGUUUGUGGUUAACGGUACCUGGUCCAACAGAGCAGACGUCGAGGCUGGAUCCGACCAGAACGAGGUCAUUGAGGUCAAAUACGUGACUGUUGACAUCCCGGCUUUAUACCCGCAUCGAGCCCUGUUUGCAGAAAGCUCAGUCAAUGGCACAGCCAACAACUCCAAGCUGGGGACAGUUCAUGAGGAUGAGAAGAGUCACCGCAUCCUUCAUGUGCGUACAUACAGCUUUAGGAAUACCACCAAGUACAGGCCGGGAGAAAUCAAGCUUGACCACUUGUAUAACCUGACGCUAGAUGAGAUAGAGGAUGACUGCUCGGGAUCGUACGUGUCUGUAGGAAAUGGUAUCUAUUCUGGAAUGAGUCAAAUUUGCAACAGCACCAACGAGAAAGAUGCAGUGUACUCCACACUGUUUACCUGUGAACACUUCGUGGCCAGCGGUCUACAAAUUAUAGACGAGACUAGACCUUCACACGGCAUAUUUCAACGAACUGGACCCAGGUAUCCACCCAGUAAUCGACAGGACGAUUUUGUGAAUCCUUGUGAAAGUCGGAUGAAAGAAACAUCGCACGUACAUCCCGUUUGA